UCGCUAAUUACCGUGCGCCUUGUUAGUUGUGUUAUCUCAUCGAGCAACCUCACCUCGUGUCAGCCACGCCACGUAUUUGCGUAAUCACUCCAACGGGAACCCCGAUUCCGUACACAGAGAGGAUGAAGAUGUUACUGGGACUAGUAACGUUGAGCGUGGUGGUGGUGGCCAUUUUGGGAGCACCGCUGGAUGACUCCCGGACUGCUGAGAUCCUGCGGUACGACAGUGAAAACAUUGGCAUCGAUGGAUACCGCUUCGAAUUCGAAACCAGCGAUGGUACGGCUCGCCGCGAGGAAGCGGAACUGCGCAAUGCCGGCACCGAGAACGAGGCGAUCGUCGUCCGGGGCUCCUACUCCUAUACCGGGCCCGAUGGUACGGUGUACGUGAUCAACUACGUUGCGGACGAGAACGGAUUCCAGCCGGAAGGAGCCCACAUCCCAAAGUGAUCUCCCGUGAACCUCUCCGAAGACUCCAGCGAUCCGCAAGUCCUGCGAGCCAUCCUGUUACUAAUUGGAUAAAUGAGAAUAUCAAAAACAUUCUCUCAAAUCUGUUACCAA